UUCAAGGCGCAUCGUAGAAGGCGAAAUAAACUGAUAAGCAAUAAAACUUAGUUUUUAUAUCAAAUAUAAAAUAAAUUGAACAAACAAACGUGGGAAGAAUGAAUGUGUGAGCGCAGGACAAAGGAUAGGAUCAUUGGAAAUAUUAUACACUUUAUUAUACACUUUGAAACAACAACAAAAAACGGAGGAACGCGUUAUCAGCAUAAUUAUGAAAAAAAAUUAUCAUUAUCAUAAACACAAAAGGAAAACAAAAAAGGUAAAAAACGGCAAAAGUGCAAAUGAAAAAAAAUACACACUAAACUAUGUUGCAAAGAGCUAUGCUUAGUUUAUUGGCACACACUGUAGUCAGAAAGAAACGCGUUGUGAGGUUUGAAUCGGUAGAAAUUGGCUCGCUAUGAUGCCGCCAAGCUUCGUUGAGCUGCUAGAGUGUAGUUCUUGGUUAUCUGAUUCGGCAUAUGAUCCCCUACACCUAAUCCGUGGUGCACUUGGUGACGAGCAGGAGAUGAGUUGACUCUCCUGCCCGGUUCACCAACCUUUUCCGCUCAUAACGCAGGAAGACGCAUUUGUUGGGGAGGGGGGAUUCAAUAUGUGAGUGUGUGUAUUAAUGUGAACUGUGUUAGGAAGAUUGUGAUGAUUGAAGCAAAAUAACGAUAAUAUUAUGUUACGGGUGCAGUGUGGUUGGAUUAUUUGAUUUUUUUAAAACUUUUAUUGAAUAGAUCCCCCUUCUUGGUAGUGAUAAUGAGGCUCUGGCUGGUCCAGAGACACGCUUCACUACCGGCUAGGGAGGUUAAUAAAUGAAGCAAAACGCCACCCAUUGGUUGUACAAAUUUUAUUCAUCACUUCCAAAUGUCCUACAUUUUGUCAGUAUUCAAUAUCGAGGUUUACACCAUCCGCGCAAAAAAAAAAACGUCGAAUGGACAGGAAGAAACAUUUGAAGAAAAAAAAAAACUCGGAGGUAAUGUGAUAAGUUUUUAUGUGCAUAUUUUGGGCAAGUACGCAACAAAACGACAAAAAAACUUUCCUGAAUCACACUCUCCUCUGCUCUAUUAGACGUAGUGUUUAGAGGCAGUAGUUUACGAUAAACACAGAGUACACAUAGCGCAACUUGGACGUAAAUAGUUUGAUGAAUAAUAGAACUCGUAGAAGUAUUGUUAGACUGUUCCACGUAAAUAUUAUCUGAGAAAAGUAAUGAAGUGUGAAACAUAUAUGAUUAGAACAACACAAAAGUAUUACUAAAUAUUUAUAUAUACCUUAGAAGAAGCUAUUAUUAGUGCAUCUGUCUGCAACUGGAAGCAACCUAGUAUUAUGAGUAAUUGCCAAAUAAUUUGGUAUCAAGUAAUAAACAACACAAUGUGUGGAUUUGAAAAAAAAACAGCAUUGGUAUGUAGUAGUGAUAGAGCACCACACCACUAUUCGUAUGAUACAAGACACAACAGCAAUACACUCUUCAUAGUAUCCCUUACAGCGCAUCUCUAUUGCUUUCAGGCUGUUGGGAUUGUUUCCUAGCAGUGCGUAGAGCAGUGAGACGCUGGUACACUCCCACACACACGCCCACACACCAUCCCAAACUUCGCAAUACUACAUCACCUCCACAGUAACCGAACCAAUGCUAUUAUACUACAGUCACUACGUAAACAUUGUUGACAGUCUCAUUGUACUGUAAUUUGGCGGUAGUACUUAGCUUAGUGUGUUGAACCAUCACAGUUUAUAUAUGGGUACAAGUAGAGUGAACAGUGUAUAUUGUACACAUUUUUUGAAAUAUCUUGACAAAAAAAAAAACUGAAAAUACCAACGUGUUGAUUGCGCAAAUAAAGACACUGUAGCAAAUAAAAAAAAGCCACAAUGAUAAUCGAGCAUUUUCAAUUAUUACUUCAGCUUCAAUUUUAUUGUAUUUCGUGUUCUUCGUAUGUAAUUAUCAUUUUCUAUAACUUUUCAAAUGGUAGUUUUAAUUGAUCACUAAUGUAUGCGUACUGUAGCUAGUUUUUAGAUGCACACUCUAACCCUUAAGACAUAAUGCAUUAGAUUUACGUUCAGCUCUUAACUCGUGUAGUUUCCUGUGUUGCAAAGAGGGUGGUCAUAUGUUACUUUCUUUUCCAGAAGCCUUUCGAAACACUGUUUAUGUAACGAUUAUGUAAGGAAUAUUAUUCUUUCGACACAACUUCUUCAACACGUUCUCAAGUGUUUGGUUCCAAUUACAGGGAUAGCUUGAUCAAUGUUGUUCUCGAAUGUUUGAAUCGUCACUGGAUUGUUUUCAUAGCAUCGCACUUUUAUAAAACCCUACAAAAAGACCAACCGCAUCCACUCGCAACAUCGUUGCGGAUAAUCACCUCAGUGUACAGUGCGUCCCAGACUAAGUGUCACUUAAAUAAAGUGUGAUUACAUCAAAACGAAACAUUUGAGUGCUACAAUUUAGUUUUGUUUCAAUUACACAAUAUGGAAAUGUACCAUAAUAAUCCAGGUUUAAUCCGUCCCCUUUUUUCUUCGAUAAUUUUGCACAAAUGUUUUGUCAAUCCUUCAUAGCUGGUACGCACCACAUCCCGAGGGAGUACUUCCGAAAUAUAAACCAAAAGCUCUUUGGAUUGGUCCUUGUCAAAUCACUUCGUACUUUUUAUGUGUUGCAACAUAUAAUCUCAGAAGAAGACGUGAAGUUGAUUAAGAUUCGGUCAAGGCGCCAUUCAUCGCUAGAGAUUAAGUUGAGCCAAUAUUUUGCGCACCCUGGCUAUCUUUUUUGCCUUCUGAGCCGGGGCAGAGGCCUACUGAUAUGGAUGAUCUCCGUACAUGUUGGAAGCAUGAGGAAACAAAUCAUUCUUCGAAACCCGCUCAAUUUCAUAACGCUUACAUUGAAUGAGGUGCAACUCUCGAAUGGCGAUAAAAAAAACUGCAAAAGAUGAUUUAGUGGGACAAAUUUCCCAUAAAACAUAAUUUUAUUGACCAUGAUACAAAAAUAUUUCGACGUCGGCGACCUUUCGGUAGUUGGCCGAAACACUCACCAUUGUUGUUGGAAACAUACUUGUUGGCAUGUUUUUUAGAUCUUUCGUAACUUUAUUAGUUUCUCUUCUGUUUUAGCCACGAAAUUGUUAGAGUAGACCAAGAUUUGUCCUAAAAUUCCCGAUAGACACAGCUGGGGGACAUUCGAAGGGUUGGCGGACUUCAGAGCAACAUCUAUAUUCAAGCCGUUCAUCUCCUCUAGCGACUUCUUCGCGUAAUGAACGAAGGCCAGGUCCGGCCAAAACAUCACAUCCUCGUGCGGAGAAUAUUUUUGGAUGAAGGAGGCGGCUUCCGGCAGACACUUUGUGCUGUAAAUCUCCACGUUCACCGUAAAUCCUGAAUAGAAGAAGAGCGCCUUUAACAUCCCCUUUUCACUGAUGGUUAGCCACAGAAGCACCUUCUUUGAAAACUUUGUAUGGGAGACGUAUUUCACGUCGGAACUUACCUCCUUGGUAGGGGACGUAAAAUAGCUGGUUCCCUGUCUUGUUCCGACACGGCCGGUCUUGAGUUACGUUCCCGCAUGAUGAUGUCUAUCUCCGCUAGGUAUUUUUUCACUUUCUUACCCGUUGCUCCGACCUCCUGGCCCGAAACGAUGUAGCCAUCUUUCCUUCCAUCUUCUGCUUUAGCUACAGCGGCAAUUUAUGAUCGCGUAGCACGACCGGAACCAGGCUUCCGUUCAAUGCUCUCAUUCUUCUCCAGAAGUGUAACAAUAUUAUGAAUACUGGAACGGGCGUAUCCGGCGAACUUAAAGUACUUGACGAUGUUCGCUUCCUUCGCAACGGGAUGGAGCUCCCAGUACGCACAAACCAUGAAACGCAGUUGCUUUACUGCUUUCGUCGUAACUUUCGCAGUUCAACUGAUAGCACUGUCAAAUUUUGUUUGGAAAACUCAUCGGUUACUAUGAUUAACGAUGCACAAAUGGCUCUCAUCACCAGGUGUUGAGGUGAACGCAUGGAAAAUUAGUAAAAUUUGUGCAAUUUGUUUUUGAUGCGAGCGUUAUCCUAUGUACUUUAUUCUACAUACCUCCUGGUUGGUUAGUAUAUAUAGAAAAGACCAAUGCCACAAGAUUAAAUUAUAGAAAGUUUUUACAAAAUACAUCAAACUCAAAAUAACCAACUUCCUGGUUGAUUCAUUGUUGGUUUGCCAAAUUUUGUAAGCAUCUCUUAAGCUCCAACUCUCGACGAAGGACGUCCCGUACACUUCUGCUGUUUCCGUACAUAUUUCUCAGGAUUUCUCUUUCUUGAUGGUUAUCGAAGCAACAUAUUUGCCGGAAAGCGUCGAGCAGAAAUGAAUUGUCUUUCUCAAGACAGAUGGAGAAGGUGUUUGAAGUAGAGUCUUCCACAGGGGCUCUUCUCAGGGCUAGAGGCGAAUGAACUGAAAAAGUUUCAAGAUAUGCUCGUCGAAGUUGUGGAUGUUGUAGUGAUCUCAGGGCUGUUGAAAAGAUCUCCUGUUUAAGCCAUGUGAAACCGGGCAGUGUCCAGUUCUUAGUCUGGACAAUACUCACUGCUCCCUCGUUGCCUUGACAUAUUCUAACUUGGUGAUGGAACCUCUUACAUAUCGCAGAUAUUGACUUCUUUCUGCAAGCCACCUUUCGGCCCAAAAGGUGCAAAAAAAGUUGGUGAACCACAAUCGUUCAGCGACACCCCCUGUAUAAGAAAUUGUAUCGUGUGACCAAUCAAAGUAAACCGGUUGACCGCUCCGUUACGUGCAAUGCCACUGUGUCCACAAAUCCACAUGAGGUCAUAGUUAGUCGAUAGGUAUUUCCUAAUCGCUCGUGAGUGUCUGCGUUGAUGGCAUUCGCAGAGUUGGAGAUGACCAGAAACGGCUUUUUUGACGGAAUCGUAGUUGCCACGUCAAUUUAUGUCGGCAUGCCUCUUGCUGGAAACUAGUUUGCUAUUUCUGUCACAUAUCUCGAAACCAACUCUCGACGAUCUCUUAGAGCCGAUCAUGUACAUGAUCUCGAGGAACGGUAUUUUCCUGGUGUCAUUGCCAUGAAAAUCUGUUACAUGCCUAUCAAGUUCACUUCAGUUUCCACUCGUACUGCCCAAACCAGAUUCGUUUUGCCAUCGUGGAGGUUGGAGAGCGACAGCCAUUGCCAGAAAGUGUUUUUAAGCACAGUCAGGUGUGUUCCCUGCCUACCGCUGGUUGCAAGAAAACCGCUUUGGAUACGAUCACCGAAUCGAUGGGUAAGUCGAAAGAGAGGUUCCUCCACUUCAGCGUAUUCCAUAGUGCCUUGUUGUAAAUGAGUGCCAGUGUUUUUGAAGGUUGUUUCCGGCAAAACACGUCAGUUCAAUGCCGAAGGUAAGGCGGCUGUUGAUGAUCGCUUUGGAUACUCGUAGACGUAUCUUCCUGUUGCUCCAUUUUACAACUUUAAUCGGGUGUUUAGAGGUUGUUCAAAGCCAGUUCAACUGGGUGGAGCAGCUCUUUCUUAACAUCCUCCGAGUGGAGUUGGAAGCUAACGUUGUAAUCGACCAAUAUUUCAGGGAUCUUCAGCGUGUCACGACGUGAAAUGAAGUCGUUAUACUUGGUGUUGGGACCCUGGUGUAUGUGGCCGUAGAUCACCACAUGGUUAGUGGAGGCGAUCUGGCGUAGUGGUAACAUCCAAACCUCUCACGCUCAGAGUCACGAGUUCAAUUCUCACUCCCGACAUUGUUCCAAAAAUGGAAGUAAAAGUGACGAACCAGCCAAAAAUGUGUUGAAAGUCACUAUAAUAGAGGAAAAAAAAUUGCCACAUGGACACUCCCUUGCACUGAGAGUUUUAACCCUCAUAGCUGCCUGCAUCCUGAUGCGUGGAAUUUUGUACGUGUCUCCUAACACCACCAGGAGAAUGUCGUCAUCCGCAUAUGCAAAUACUGGAAUGUGUACCGGCGACCAAGCUUCUGUUUUUGUGAAUUUGCUGCAACUUUCGCUUCAAUAUGUCAAGAUAAACCUUUUCCGAUGUCCAACGAUGCCAUGGUAAAAAAUAGUUGAGCCAAAUCCAAAGUUUCACAGGACUUCUUCCCUCUUUUACUAUAAGCGGACCGAACUAGUCGAUGCCGGUGUGAAUGAAUGGCCGCGUGAAUAAUGUCAAUCUAGUCGCUGGGACCAUUCAAGGGAACUUCGGUGUCAUUCCGCUACUGUGGCGGAAACCCGCUUUAUAAGCGUUCUCAACCGAGUCACGAUGUGAAUUCCAUUGUCGAAUUUCAUGGACUAUCGUUUCGAAAUUAGCGUGCCGAAAAGCAUGCUGGAAGUCGUCCACGACCAACUCUGUAACCACAUGUUUUCUUAGAAGGGCGGCGACUUCUGGUACAUACUGCUUGAUUUCGUCAGCUCUGUUCCCCUCAACAGUGCAAUCAUUUCAUCGGGAUAUGUUUGCCAUUGCACCAUCCGCAUCGAAGUAUUCUUCGCCUUCUCUAGUUCAUCCUGUGUUGGAUAAAAUAUUUCUGGCCUUUUCUCUCGACAUCGUCAUCUCCAAUUGUCCACUAAACGGUACACGUACGCUACUGUUCUCAGGAGACAUGGUCACGAGAUAAUUCUACAACUAUCUCCGGGAUUAUUGAUUCAUGGAUCACGUAACCCGCAGAAGAUCCUCUUCUGUGCACCACUGUGCAACAUCUGUUGUUGAUAGCAGCUCUCCAACACGAUAAGCUAUAGACUGCUUGUGACGGCGAUAGCUAGGCCAACAUCGUUGUGGAAUCACUCCGAAGAACAACCUUCGUUGUGCAACCUUCGCAACCUUUUGGUUGGGCGUUCUCCGCUGUCGAUCACAAGCUGGAUCUAAUCCUUCAUUUUCAUGGAAUUUCUUCCUGUUGGGUUCAAAUAAAAAUCCUAGUUAUCUUGCGGAUCUUCCUCCUGCAUUUCACACAAUACUGCAACGCUGUUCGACAGCCAGCUUCUAUAUUGUGUGAAAUGCAGCUGGUGGAUAAGGCCAAUUUCUUGGAAUACACGUGCCGCUGUUUCUUUCGUUUUGGAAACUGUCGAGAAGGUCAUCGUCAUAGUGAUUCUUCACGAUCUCUUCGACGGCUCAGCAUUUUUGUUUUUCAACAAAUUGCCAUUCCAUUCCAUCCUGCUUUAUUAUUUCGAAAAUCUCUGUUUAUAGAGAUAAUAAAGUUCUCCUAUUUUAUAGUUGUUUUUUUUCGAUAGAAGCAACAAAACUAACAUUCAUGAACUCAACACUGUCGCCUUACGAUUCUGAAUAAGCAGAUCUUUAUCUGAUCCAAGGCUUAUCCAGUUUUAAUCGAUAUUCCGCAUCCGAUGAAUAGCGAGUAGAUCUGUGCGAUGUUCGGUCAUUCCAUCCAAAAUUACAGUGACUAGCAUACAACAUGAUUCACCUCCUUGGAAAUAAGCUCAACAAGCCUUUUUUUCACAUAUAAGGAAAACCAUUUCAAAAACACAAUUUGAAUUUUGCCUGGCAUUAAAAUCAUAAAAACCCGACGAAUUCAGCGAGUGGGAUAGCAUACUCAAUCCUCCUGCUGGUUCUUUGGUGUUAUUCGCUGUAUGGCCAGCGCGUUGUUGUACAGAAAAAUAACCUUUUCAUGGCUUUGAUCCCAUUCCGUCAAUGUUGUUAUCAAUGUAUAGUACGAACUAAUUAUUUGUUAUCGAGAGCCAGCAGUAAUCAUUGUUUUAUUGGGUUUGAGCAGUUUGUUUCUGCAAGUGAAUCCAUCAUUUUCUGUGUUUGUCAUUAUUAAAAUGAACCUAUUCAUAAUACCAGUGGAAUGGCUCGGGUCCACUGACCCAAUGAACAACAUUUUUGAUUUCGACAACUUUUUUUUUCAAGCUGAUCCCUAUGGUUCUCACUGAUUUAACAGAACAAAAUUAAUCAUAUUCUUGUUAUUGCAUUGCAUAAUGUUUCCCUCCAAUAUGCGUGAUAUUUGAAUAACGAGUAUAUUCGUUUCAUUGCAACAACCGAAGAAAUACAUUAUUCCUCUCAUCAAAAAUGUCUGACAAGAUCACGACAUUGAAGUAAUUUUCUAUCGACACAAAUCCACCUAAAAUAGCGACACUGGCAUAUCACAACUAUCUGUAAGCAGCAAACCUUUUCUAAUCCCUUGCCCGAUUGUAGUAAGUGUAUUUUUUUGUAUUAUUUAUAAAUAACAAAAACCGAAACAUGCAUGAACACUAACACUAUCCUCUGUAUCAUUGAGAAAUUUUACUACUAAUAAUGAGCAUCCUUCACACGCACACACACACGUAUAAUUAGAUUGGUAAUAAAAUAAACGCAGCCAUGGCUGAUCUAUUGGGGGCUUAACUUGUGAAACUCAUAUGCUCUCGCAGCAAAAAAUGCGGAAAAAUAGAAAAGCAAGCCGUCAACUUGUGUAAAAAGUAAUAAUCACACUAUAUAUUAAUAGAAAGCAAGCGUUUUGUGGUAGAAAUAGAUGCAAAUGUGAUGUAACCUGUAGUAUUACAAAUGUGACAGUAAAAGUAACAUUAAAUCAAACAUCAAUAAACAGUAGGCUUUGUAGAUAAAAGUGGUGUUCGACAACAACAAAAAAAGCAGAAGCGAAAUAAUAUGAAUAGCGGCCCCAUCUAGUGUAACUAUAUACUAUUUAUAGAUAAGUGAUUUCGUCCAGUAAUAUGUUGAUCUGCAAAAAACCACUGUGAGAUUAUUUUUUGUCGUACCUUAGUUGUAGUUAUCAUCUAUGCUUUAAGUGAUCGGCCGUAGUUUAUCAUGAUUUCGGGAUCUCUACCCUUUUUUUGAUACUCCUCCCGAUUUCUUGUGUUGUAAAUCCAAAAUUAUUUUAUCACACCCGUAGAUGUAUAAUAUCAGAUAGUAUUGAUUGUGAAUGGCACUCGGGUGUAACAAGUUUGGUAGCCUCACGUAAACAAUGUAGCUAUUUCUGAUAGAAAUCGUUUUAUAAUAUUUCUCAUUAUCUUAAGUAAACUAUCCUUGAAUAUGAUAAAAACUAUAGAAGGAACAACAAAACAAGAACAACAACAAUAAUUACAGGAACUAAAUAUUCUCAUAUAAUGUUUGAAGUUGAAAUAAAGUAUUGGUAGUUUAAUGGAAACAAAUCCAAACAGUAGUUAGUUGUUUUCUUCUGCUUCUUCGUAUAUUGAAGAUAUCAACAUUCAUCAUGUAUCUCUCGUUAGUGUAACGCUCAUCCUCAUUUUGAUUGAUUACUUCCUUCUCAUCUUCAUCAUCAUCAUGCACUGUUUGUGUUUACUCAUAUUCUGUACCAUUAUUUCAUCUUUACGUAGUUCGCAGCACUUCUGUAUAAUGUGUCAUGUAAGUAUAACAGUUUUACAUUACCUUAGGCAACCAUUUCUGAUCGACAAUGCAAAUCUUUAAAAAAUCAAAAAAUUUCCAUUGUAUUUAUUUUCACUGCAGUUAUUUGUUUAGAUAAUUCCUACUAACAAUUUUAUAUAUUUUUAGUUUGUUGUAGCCAACCAACGCACGUGAAAGAGUAACCGUGGAUGCAUGUCCAUUUUAGAAGUAUAAUUUUUAAUCAAAUAUGGCAACCAACGACAUCAUACAUUCUUAUUUUAUACAAACAUCUAAUGUGCGAAAUCCCUCAAAAAAUCAAUGGAGGGCACAAUUAGCCAAUGUUAUCAAUGUAUUCUUCUUUUUUUUGCUUCAUUGGAUCUCUAGUAUCCCACACCGUUCAGGAUCUCGUAUUCAUUUGGAACAUGACGGAUCCGCUUGUGGUGAACCCGGAGAUCGAGCUACCUCAGCUGGACAUUAGCAAUAACUACACCACCGACUGCACGAUCGAGUAUUCGACGGGCAACUUUACCUGUCUGGCAGUGGUGUUCAACCUGCGGCGACGGCUGGGCUACCAUUUGUUCCACACCUACAUUCCAUCGGCGCUCAUCGUCGUAAUGUCGUGGAUAUCGUUCUGGAUUAAACCCGAAGCGAUUCCGGCGCGUGUUACGCUCGGUGUGACCUCACUACUGACGCUGGCAACCCAAAACACACAAUCCCAACAGUCGCUACCACCGGUUUCGUACGUGAAGGCGAUCGAUGUGUGGAUGUCGUCCUGUUCGGUGUUCGUUUUCCUAUCGCUGAUGGAGUUUGCGGUCGUCAACAACUAUAUGGGACCGGUGGCGACCAAGGUAAUGAAGGGUUACUCGGACGAGGACCUGUCGGAGGCAAUCGACUUCAACAAGAACGGUUACAACAAAACCCACCGCUCGUCGGACAUUCCCCAAUACGACACGUUCUGCAAUGGGCGGGAAACGGCUCUAUGCAUCGAUAAAUUUUCGCGCUUCUUUUUCCCCUUUUCGUUUUUUAUCCUCAAUGUCACCUAUUGGACGACAUUUCUGUAGUGUUGAAGAGGACGCGGAAGGGAAACGAUCGUUUUGCUAUCUCUAGGAUAAUUUCUUUAGAUUUAGGAGGGAGCUCUAAGUGCAGUAGCGUAAUCGCAUAGUAGUAAUUUAAGACGAAAUAAUAAAGCAAAGCAUUUCAAAAACAAGAUGCUGGACGGAACGGGAUGAAAAUGUAACCAACACUUACCGCUGGGUUUUUCUUCAUAGUGGUGAAAGUGAAUCCGCGUAAAUCGUAGUGGGGACCGCGGCUUGCGGUGCGCAGUUGUGCAUCAUUCUGCAAUAAAAGGUGAUAAUUGAUUCAAAAUGAG